CAGUGACAUGGGCACAUGCUGCUCAGUUAACUAGUGACAGAAUGGAUUUGCUUCCGAAAAGUUCCAAGGAAUUUGCGGCCCCUGAGUACUGGGAACAGUUUUUCCGGCGCCGGGGUGAGCGGGCCUUUGAGUGGUAUGGAGGCUACCUUGAGCUGUGCGGCCUGCUGCAUAAAUACAUCAAACCCAGAGACAAGGUAUUUGUAGUGGGCUGUGGCAACUCCGAGCUCAGCGAGCGACUGUACGAUGCUGGAUGUCAAAACCUGACUAAUAUUGAUGUCAGUGAGGUAGUUAUUCGUCAGAUGAAUGAGAGAAAUUCCAAUCGACGACCCAACAUGACAUUCCAGGUAAUGGAUGCUACACAGACAACGUUUGACGACUCUUGCUUUCAGGCAGUGCUGGAUAAGGGGACUUUGGAUGCCAUCAUGACAGAUACAGAUAAAGGGACAUUAGAAACAGCAGAUAAACUGAUGUCCGAGAUUGGUCGUGUCCUGACGUGUGGAGGACGUUUCUUAUGUGUUUCUCUGGCCCAGGCCCAUGUCUUAGAGAAGCUCGUUAGACACUUCUCACAGGGUGGCUGGAUGGUCCGUGUUCAUCAAGUCAUGCAGGGCAGCACUUCAGAAACUGGCAGCCAGUUCCCCAUGCCAGUGUUUGUUUUUGUGAUGACCAAGGUUCGGCAGAUUUCUGGCUUCCCUACAGUUUUAGAAAUGAUGCCAGACGAGGAGGGAGGAAAACCUGUUCGCUGGGGAAGUCCUGAGGAAUUCAUGGAAGCUGUGAAGGAGCGGCAACGUUAUGCAUUGAUUCGAAAUAGACUGAACCAAAACCAAAGUUCUCAGGAGGUUUCAUUAGACUUGUGUGAUGGGGAUUCCAGGAAAAGCCGUUAUACCUUUUAUAUUGUGGAUAGUCCAGCAGUCAGACUAUCUCAUUCCAAUCAUUUUGCCAUCUUUAUCAUCCCUCAUGGAAGAGAAACAGAGUGGCUAUUUGGAUCAGAGCAGGGGCGCAAGCAGCUGGCUGGAAGCGUUGGGUUCAACAGACUGAUAAUUGUGGCAUUGCACCGGGAUCAGCAAUACACAGACAUGAAAGCUAUUCAGUCAGAAUUGUCUGCAAAGGUUCUCGAACUAGCGCCUCCCGGUCUGCCAGAUAAUCAGCAGAUCCCUUUUCUGUCAGCUGGGGAGGACAUUGGAUCACGCACAAUACAGCACCGGGGCAAGAGUGAAUUUAGUGGAGAAUAUGUGGUAGAGGAUGUUAGAGGAGACGGAAACAGCAGUUACCGACGUCUUAUAUUCCUCAGUAAUCAAAAUGUAGUACAGUCUGAGGCCAGAUUACUACCAAUCAGCACACACAUUGGGCAGAAGAAAAGAAAAGACAAAAAGAAACAGCAGAAACCCGUGAAGGAUCUUGAGCAACCCACUAUAACUAGGAUUGACAAGAGCUACCUCUGCUGUGAGCAUCACAAAGCAAUGAUCUCUGGGCUGGCACUUCUUCCUAACCCAGGGCUACUGCCAGAGUGCCAGGCAUCAGUUCUGGUGAUUGGGCUGGGUGGAGGCAGCUUGUCCCUCUUUAUACACGACUACUUCCCAGGCUCAAGAGUUGAAGUUGUUGAAAUAGAUCCGUCUGUACUUGAUGUGGCCUCCAACUGGUUCAACUUCUGUCAAGAUGAGCGCAUGAAGGUUCAUCUUGCAGAUGGUUUGGUGCAUAUUAAUAGUUUGGCAGACAAUGGUGAGGCUUGCUAUGAUGUAAUUAUGUUUGACGUGGACAGCAAAGACCCUAGCGUUGGCAUGAGCUGCCCUCCGCCUGCCUUUGUGGAAAAAAUGUUCCUGCAGAAUGUCCACAAUAUUCUAAAUGCUAAUGGUGUAUUUAUUCUAAACUUGGUAUGCCGUGAUACAGAUCUGAGGUUGAAGGUGCUGAAUGUUCUCCAUGAAGUUUUCCCUUUGAUUUAUGCCCAAAAGAUUGAUGAAGAAGUCAACGAGAUCUUGUUUUGCCGUCCAAAUUCAGAAAGGAAGUUCAGCUCUUUAGAACUAAAAGAAUCUGCAAAGAACUUGGAAAAAAAACUUAGAAAGCCCGGGGUUCAGUGGGACAGCACUUACAGUUUGGCUGAGAUGCUGAAGUCCGUGCAGAUAGUUUAAAAUAAAAUAUUGGAAUUUUCCUGAA